CGGAGGAUGUCCGGGCGGGCGGCUCAGGCGAGCCCCGGCGCUCCGUGGCCGCGGACUGGCCCAGAAGGACUCUGUACACGUAGCUGGAGGCAAAAGAGCGGGACCCCCCCGUGUCACCGGCCAGUUCUGCCCUACGAGGUCCCGAGGCAGAGGAAGCCCCCGCCGCGGCCGCACCGAAGCGGCGCCCGGGAGGAUGCUGCUACCCGACUCCCCCUACGCCGGGCGCCUGCAACGCGCUCGGGCCGGCCUCUGCGCGGCUCCUGCCAGCCCGCUCGGGGUUGGUGCGCGCCGCCGUCUGUCGCCCCGGCUCCUCCCCUUCGCCGCGCUCCCCUCCUCCUCUGCCUGUCCCACACCCGCCCUCCUCGCAGCUCCAGACUCCCGCCGCCACCUCCUUAGGGGCUGGAGAUGCGACCCGGUUCAAGGCGGCGCUGCUAGGGCCUCCAGCCCCUAGUCGCAGACCAGAGCUCUAGGUGCGCCCCGGGCGCGGCGCCGGCGCCUGAUUCCCAGCUCUCCUGCACUGCCGGAGACUUGGGUUCUCAGUGGCUGCACGACUCGGCUCCCAGGAUUCCACUCUGAAGAAGAGUUGGUAAUAAAAGUUUGAGCAGAAA